AAUAAAUUAAUAAAAGAUUUAAAAAUUGGUAUUAUUGGUGGUGGACCUUCUGGAUUGGGAUUAGCAAGAUAUUUACAAAUUAAUGGCUUUGACAAUGUAAAAGUUUUUGAAAGAGAUACAAGUAGAGAGAGUCGUCCACAAGGUAGCUCACUUGAUUUACAUGAAGAUAUAGGUCAAAUGCUAUUGAAAGCGGCUGGUUUAAUUGAACAAUUUAAGAGUAAAUCAAGACCCGAUGGAGAAUGUUUCACCUUUACCGAUAAGAAUUGUAAUGUAAAAGUAAGAAAACCAUUCUUAAAAAUAAAAUCUCAACGUCCUGAAAUUGAUAGAGGUGACCUUAGAGAUAUUUUAAUAGAUUCAUUACAAGAAAAUACAAUUACAUGGGGUUGCCACUUUAAACAAUUAAAACAACUAGAAAAUGGGCAAAUUGAACUAGAAUUUAACGAUGGGGAAAUAAAAGAAAUUGUAGAUUUUGUAAUUGGGUGCGAUGGUAUCAACUCAAAGGUCAGGAGCUACAUUACUCCAAUUAAACCCCAAUAUAUGGGCAUUACAAUGAUUGAAGGUGAAAUAACCAAUGCUAAAGAUACCAAUCCACAAUUGUAUCAAUUGGUUAACCAAGGAUUAAUGUUUACUAUGGAUAAGUCUGGUGUAGAUGAUGGUAUUGUAUUUUUAGCCCAACAAAAAAGUGAUGGUUCGUUGAUUUUCAGCUUUGCGCAACUUGUAGAAGAAACAUGGGUAAAGUCUAAAGGAUUUGACAUUAAAACUAAACAAGCUACUCAAGAAAUUAGAGAUUAUUUAAAAAAUGAACUAGUUCCAAAUUGGUCCCCAAUGUAUCAUCAAUUGAUCGAUCAAAGCGAAGGCCUUUUUAAAUUGAGAAUUCUUUAUCAAGCUCCAUUGGACCAAAAUUGGGAAUCAAAAUCAAAUAUUACCAUUAUCGGGGAUGCCUGCCAUCCAAUAUCCCCAUUUGCCGGACUUGGUUGUAACAAUGCACUAUAUGAUUCAUACGAAUUGGGUAAUUUUCUAAUUGAAAAAAAGAAUACUGACUCUACCAACCUAAAAACCCUAAUAUCAACAUUUGAGCAAACCAUGCUAUCACGUUGGCGUCCACUAGCUCGAAUCACGAUGGAAAAUGAAGGAAUAGUGUUUAAUGGUGAUUUAGAUUUAUUAAUUAAAAAAAGAUUCGGUCUAUUUUAUUUAACAAAAAACUAUUUAGAAAAAACUAUUAAUUUAAUUAAUUAUAUAACUGAU